AUGAUAACUUUCGCUUCUGAACAUAUUCAAGCAAGUUUGGAAGUGAUCGUAAUUGAAGAAGGACUGGAUCGAUUGGAGAUGAAACUUGGUAUCUUACAGCUAAUUGAUGGCCUUUCAUAUUUGCAUAACAGCGCAAAAAUACUUCAUGGCAAUUUAACACCGAAUGCUAUCUAUAUAACACUCUCCAAACAUUGGAAAAUUGCUGGAUUUGCAUUCUCAGUAGCUGCUAAUGAAUCGAAUUUAUUUCCGUGUUUUCCGUGGACCAAAAAAUUACCGGUGCAUUUGCAACCGGAUCUUGAUUUUCUAGCACCGGAAUAUUUACUGUCAAAUAAGAAUUCGGUCACUUCAGCAGCAGAUGUCUUCUCAUUGGGUGUACUCAUUUGUUGGAUAUGUGCUGGCGGAAAACGGUUAAUUGAUGCCAAAAAUAACGUCGAUACAUAUCGCGUAAUAUGCGGACAACUCGAUACGGCACUGAAGUGUAUCGCUGAAGAACUUGGGCCGAAUUUACUGGAUGCAAUGGAGAAAGUAGUCAAUUUGGAUGUCGACAAACGUCCUACCGUCCAAUUUCUUGCCUUGAUAAAAUAUUUUGAUGAUCCAGCACUUUCUGCACUUCAUCAACUUGAUGAUAUCAUGCAAGUUUUUGAUCCGGAACAAAAGAAUGUAUUUUUGUCGCAAACACUUUAUGACAGUUUAUCGAUUAUUCCGGAAAAUUUAUGGUUUACAAGGAUAUUACCACGUUUUGAUGAAUUUUUUAUCGAUUGCUAUGAUUUAUAUGCUGCCUUAUCUCGUCCACUAUUCUAUAUGUUAGAUCAAUGUAAAAAUGAUAAUGUAAAUAGGUUGAAGGUAAAUCCUUCAAUUUUGGAAAAUAUGAAUGUAUUGUUUCGACGUUUCUCUGAUAAUCAAGAAAUAAUUGAUGAAAUACAAGAUUUGAUUGUUAUGUUUGUUAAAUCGCAAGAUGUUCAUAUUCAGAGGCAGUUAGACUUUUUGGCUUGCAUUGGAACGUUAUCAGAUCGUUGCGAUUCGAAUGUACUGAAUAUGCUAAUUGCGGCAAUACCAAUGUGUGUGGUGCAACGAAUAUUAAUGCGUGAUGCUACGCGAUUACGUGAUCGUGCCGCAAUUUGUAGUUAUCUGUUGAAUCCAAUGACACUUGGAUUAGCUUUAAAUGAUCUCAAAGCGGCACAAUUUGAGGAUUUGAUCAAUACAGUACGAAUCUUAAUUGAUAUAAUUGAACAUUUAAGAGAUGUGGAAUCGGAUAGAGAAUCAUCACAUAGAAGCUCCUUUUCAUCGUUUGGACGAAUGAGCAGCCGACGGGUAAGUAUGAGUAGCAGUCACUUACCGCUCGUUAUGAUCACUGCUGCAAGGCCUACAUGUUCUGGUUGUAGACAUGAUUCAAGGUGA